AAUAGGGUACCGUUUGGGACGCAGUUCUCACGUCUUUCACCCUCUACGUUACCUGUAUGUUCCCAAUACACCACAGGACAGGACGUUCAGGAGACGGCUCUUCACUCCACUAGGGCUGACCUACCUGAAAAACUGGCACAGAGGAAUUCCUAUUCAAAACAGAAUGAAGUGGCCAGUUCUUGUGACGUGUUCUGUGGGACUGUGGCACGUUGCAAUGUCACUGAAAAUCUGUGCCUUUAACGUUCAGAGCUUUGGGGAGGCGAAAGCUAACAACAAAAAGAUUAUGGGAAUUCUGAUCAAGAUUCUUGCUCGCUGUGACCUGUGUUUGAUCCAGGAGGUUCGAGAUGCAAAAGGUGAAGCCAUACCUACACUGGUGAAGGAUCUUAACAGCUUUGACAAAUCGCAUGCAUACUCCUACGUGGAGAGUAAGAGACUGGGGAAGAAAACCUACAAAGAGCAAUAUGUCUACAUUUACAAGAAAGAUGUGCUGCAGGUCCGAGAGCAUUGCCAGUAUCCUGAGCUAGAGGGAGGAGAGGGGACGAAUAACGACACUGAGGUUUUCUCCAGAGAGCCUUUCAUUGUCCGGUUUCACUCACCCACUACCCUGGUGAAGGAUUUUGUCUUGGUGGGCCAACACACCUGUCCCAAAACGGCAAUGAAAGAGAUCGAUGAACUCUACACUGUUUUCAAUGGGAUCUGCAAGAAGUGGAAGACUGAGAAUGUGGUGAUCUUAGGGGACCUGAACGCAGCCUGCAGCUACAUCACCAUCAAGGGCUUUAGAGCUGUGCGUUUGAGAAGCGACCCCAAGUUCCGCUGGCUGAUUGGAGAUGAACAGGAUACAACCGUUCGGCAGAAGACACACUGCGCUUACGACAGGAUAGUUAUUCAUGGCAGAGAGAUGAUCUCUGGGAUAGUUCCAGAUUCAGCUAAACCCUUCAAUUUUAAAGAGGAGUUCCACCUUACUGAAGAAGAGGCCUUGGAAGUCAGCGACCACUUCCCAGUAGAAGUUGACCUGAAGCCCAUGCAUCGUUAUCUCCUGCGCCACGAACUUUAGACCCCACUGCACCAUCAACAUUACCAACAACCAUUGCAAUCAUGUUUUUACUCCCAAUUAUUUCAGUUGUAUUUAUUUAUUUCAAUUUAUUUUAGGUACUUAAAUUAAAUUAUGUUUAGAGUUUAGAAGAAAAAUUUGAGUGAUUUUUGUUGGAAUUUAUACUGUACCAAACUGUAUAUACUAUUAAGGAAAAUAAACAAACUGUGUCUUUGUCUGCACAGAGACUAAUAAACUUAAUAUAUUGGAUAU